UCAGCUCUCUCUCUCUCAUUCGCAGCAGCUUGCCACAGCAAAUCCCACCGCUGCUCUCGGUGCGAUGUCGUCGGCCGCCGUGAGCGCAGCGUCUUCUUGCCCGGCCAAGCCCGAGGAGGAGGAGCAGCCGCGGCUUCCGCCGGAGGGGAGGGAGGCGUGCAGCUCCGCCGCCGCCGGGGAGCAGGAGCAGGAGCAGCGCGUGGCCGCGGUGGACCGGAAGCUGAGCGAGGCGUCGCUGUGGGCCAGCACCACCGAGGAGGAGACGGAGGAGGAGGAGGAGGAGGACGACGACGACGAGGAGACGGCGGCGGCCAAGGACGGCAUCGAGCUCGGCCCCAGGGUCAGCAUCAAGGAGCAGCUCGAAAAGGACAAGGAUGAUGAGAGCCUGAGGCGAUGGAAGGAGCAGCUCCUGGGCAGCGUGGAUUUGAACUCCGUCGGAGAGACGCUGGAGCCGGACGUGAAGAUCACGGGCCUGUCCAUCCUGUCCCCUGGCCGGCCGGACAUGGAGCUGCGGAUGCCGCCGGAGCCCAAGAGCAAGGAGCCCUGGUUCACGCUCAAGGAGGGCAGCGCCUACAGGCUCAAGUUCACCUUCGCCGUCGCCGGCAACAUCGUCUCCGGCCUCCGCUACACCAACACUGUCUGGAAGACCGGCAUCAGGGUGGACAGCACCAAGGAGAUGCUGGGCACCUUCAGCCCUCAGGCCGAGCCCUACACCUACCUGACGCCCGAGGAGACCACCCCGUCGGGGAUCUUUGCCCGGGGAUCAUACUCUGCAAGGACAAAGUUUCUUGACGACGAUCGCAAGUGCUACCUGGAGACGAACUACACCUUUGACAUCCGCCGGGAUUGGCCGUCAAGCUGAUGAGCAGCGUGCUUUUUCAAUCCCUGAAUGAUUGAUCUUCUUGAAUUGGGGGUACAUGCUUUGGUUCUCGAGGCCCCAAGCUGUUGCCAUUGCUUAAUAACUUGAUGACACAAACUCUGAUGUGUGUUCGAUUACAGCUCUGCUAGUCUGCAGGUAGCUUCUGUUCAGGUGUUUCCUUUCUGGGUAGGGCGCCUUGGAUGUUUUGUCGCAGAAGUUGUAGCCAUUUUCUUUUACAAACAGUUUGACGGUCUUCAUACAUCUCCAACUACAAGAUAGGCCCUGGUUCAUUCAAUUAAUUCACAUCAAACUGAAAUAGGAAAACAGCUUCGCUCACCA